CGCUGCUCUGCCGAGAGCAGGUGGUGUAGGUGACGCGGUGACGAGGGACCCUGGGAGCUCGGACAGACAGGCAGACUGAGCACUGGGACCGCAGAACCCGGUGCGGCGACCUGGCCGGACCUGACCUGACCCGAGAUCGGCGUCCGUCCAACCCGGCUGACGCGCGCGCUCGGAUCGCCCCACGCGACGGUGCCCCCUUUCACGUUUGCAGAUCUCCAGGGCAGCCCACGAUUGUGGCCAGCAUGGCCUCUGAAGACAUUGCCAAGCUGGCAGAAACCCUGGCCAAAACCCAAGUGGCCGGGGGACAGCUGAGUUUCAAGGGCAAGAGCCUCAAACUGAACACUGCAGAGGAUGCUAAAGACGUGAUUAAAGAGAUUGAAGACUUUGAGGGCUUGGAGGCGCUGCGCUUGGAAGGCAACACAGUGGGCGUGGAAGCGGCCCGUGUCAUCGCCAAGGCCUUAGAGAAGAAGUCAGAGCUGAAGCGAUGCCACUGGAGUGACAUGUUCACGGGUCGCCUGCGGUCUGAGAUCCCACCGGCGCUGAUCUCACUAGGGGAAGGGCUCAUCACUGCUGGGGCACAGCUGGUGGAGCUGGACCUGAGUGACAAUGCAUUUGGGCCUGAUGGCGUCAGAGGCUUCGAGGCUCUGCUCAAGAGCCCAGCGUGCUUCACCCUGCAUGAGCUCAAGCUCAACAACUGUGGCAUGGGCAUCGGUGGUGGCAAGAUCCUGGCAGCCGCUCUGACCGAGUGUCACCGCAAGUCCAGUGCCCAAGGCAAGCCACUGGCCCUGAAGGUCUUUGUGGCCGGCAGGAACCGGCUGGAGAAUGACGGAGCCACUGCCUUGGCAGAAGCGUUUGGGGUCAUCGGGACACUGCAGGAGGUGCACAUGCCACAGAAUGGUAUCAACCACCCUGGUGUCACGGCCCUGGCACAAGCCUUUGCUAUCAACCCCCUGCUGCGGGUCAUCAACCUGAAUGACAACACCUUCACUGAGAAGGGUGCGGUGGCCAUGGCCGAGACCCUGAAGACCUUGCGGCAGGUGGAAGUGAUCAACUUCGGGGACUGCCUGGUGCGCUCCAAGGGGGCUGUGGCCAUCGCGGAUGCUGUGCGCGGGGGUUUGCCCAAGCUCAAGGAGCUGAACCUGUCAUUUUGUGAAAUCAAGCGAGACGCUGCCCUGGCUGUGGCAGAGGCCGUGGCUGAUAAGGCCGGUCUGGAAAAGCUGGACCUUAAUGGGAACGCCCUAGGCGAGGAGGGCUGCGAGCAGCUCCAGGAGGUGCUGGACAGCUUCAACAUGGCCAAGGUGCUGGCGUCCCUCAGUGACGAUGAGGGUGAGGAUGAGGAUGAGGACGAAGAUGAGGAGGAAGGAGAAGAGGAUGAUGAGGAAGAGGAGGAAGAAGAGGAAGAGGAGGAGGAGGAUGAAGAGGAGGAGCGGCCACAGAGACAAGGGGCAGAGCCAGUUACACCCUCGAGGAAGAUUCUGAGCUCUAGCACUGGGGAGCCCACCCCGUCACUGUCCUCCCCGACACCCACUGAUGUCUCCACUUUCCUGGCCUUCCCCUCCCCAGAGAAGCUGCUGCGCCUUGGCCCCAAGAGUUCAGUGCUUAUAGCCCAGCAGGCAGACACGUCCGACCCCGAGAAGGUGGUCUCAGCCUUCCUGAAGGUGUCGUCAGUGUUCAAGGAUGAGGCCACAGUAAGGACGGCAGUGCAGGACACGAUAGACGCCCUCAUGAGGAAGGCCUUCGGCUCCUCGGCCUUCAACGCCAAUGCCUUCCUCACCAGGCUGCUGGUCCACAUGGGCCUGCUCAAGAGUGAAGACAAGAUCAAGGCCAUCACUAACCUCUACGGCCCCCUGAUGGCCCUGAACCACGUGGUGCAGCAGGACUAUUUCCCCAAGGCCCUGGUGCCCCUGCUGCUGGCCUUCAUCACCAAGCCCAAUGGCGCCCUAGAGUCCUGCUCCUUUGCCCGCCACAACCUGCUGCAGACACUGUAUAAGGUGUAACCUCCCAGCCACCUCUUCCAUCCCUCAACUGCACCAGGGCAGGGACCUGGAGGAACUGAGCUGCAGCCCUCGCAUCCCCAGGACAGGACUCUGACCAGGGCAGGGAGGGUCUUCAUUUCGUGUCACGUGGGUGGUCCAGUGUGUCUGUCGGUGUGGUGCCUGUGCCUGUGUUGGGAUUGGGGUUUUUCAUGUCUCCCUGGCCCUGGUCUGUCGUGGGGUAUUGGCUGGGGGACAGGAUGCAGGCUGCUUUGCCAUUAAAGGCUCACCGACACCUGAGGGUGCUCUGCGCACCUUGGCUCAACUGCCCCCACCCCAUCCUGCUGUCCUGUCACUUCCUGGGCUGUGCUGAAGCCUGGGAUGUUGCUGUCCGCGUUCCCUGCUGUCUCUCUGUCACAUUGGGCUGUCUUUUUCCCUGGCUUGGGCCCACAGCGACUGCUGUGCCCAAUGGUGAAGCCUGUCAUGUGACCCGCGUGGCCUACAAGAGAACCUGUGGAGUGGGCCUGUCACAGAGGCCAGGACUCCGGCCCUGCAGCCCCUGCUCCUAUGGACUAGAAGGCCCCAGGGGUGGCCCCAGAGGUCCUGGAACAGUAGGGCCGAGCCAGCGGGGCCGCUGCUGCACCCAGGGACGGGGAGCGAUGCUAGUGCUGCACUGUGCCUGGCUGGGGCUGCUCUCUGAGGACCCAGGUGGGGAGGCUGGGGGCGGCCCGCAGCCCUAUGACCGCCUUGUGCUUCCCGUGAGCGCUCUGUGUCUGGCCUGUGUGUGGCAGCUUCACAAAUAAAGGCACCUAUGGCA